AUGGGACGUCGCUUUGCGGCGGAGGAAAUGCGUGAUGCCCCUGUUUUGGGUCAUCGUCCGGUGCGCAAAGAGGCGAUGUUCCUUGGCGGCUCCUCUCCGACUUCGGCUUUAUUGGAGGAACUUGAGGGAAUUCUCACGUACGUGGAGUGUGUAACGGCAUCUCUUCUGCACCGGGCUCGGGCGCCCAUACCGCCGGACUCCAUUCGCGCCGUGCCGAUCGCUUCUGUCUCAUCUCGGCAGAUUCUCAACGGCGGCCCUCGCGAGAGCUCCCCGCCGGGCUCCCUCGCCGUCUCUCUGCACGACAGCGCGAACAGUCUUCUCAUUUGGUUUGCGAAACUCGAGUACGUGUCGCUCUCGCGCGGCAUGACGCUGGCGGACGUGGACCGCGGCGUUGGGGAGGCGGCGGCGGCGGUGCUGGCGGCCCUCGACGCGGUGGAGUUGCGGUACGGCGGCCACGCGGUGACGGACGUGCGGGAGUUCUUCGCCGGCAGCCGCCAGACCGUCGACGACUGCCGCCGGGCGGUGCGGGCGGUGGGAGCGGCCGCCGCGGGGGUCCUCGAACUCAGACGCCUCGUCGCCACCGGGGACGUCCCACGCGCCACCGCCCUCCUCGCAGAACACCGUCCAAAUCAUAAUAAUAAUAAUAAUGAGAAUAAUAAUAAUAAUAGACCUAAUUCCCUUUUGCGUCCACAUAGUCCGUUCUUGACGUGGGUAGAGAAGCGAUGGCUUCCCGCAAUGGCCGCAUGGCGUACUCUACUGGAAGAGGCUAAACGCAAGGCCGUCAAAGAUGAUGAUAUCGCCCCAGCACUCGAAUGGGCCAGAGAACAGGCACUCACACAGAGUGCUGUCAUUAGUGAAAUUUUACAACCAGGUGAGACACUCUCAGAGUUGCUACAGGAACAACUAGAAGAACCCCUCGCACAGUUUGGUGAAAGAAUAAAAAAGAGACGAGAAUGUAUGAAUGCACUCCGUGUGGCAAUUGCGUCACCGGAGUUAAAAAAGAUUGUUGAAUGUGUUUGCGCCGUUGAAAAGCUCGCAACUGCUGGUGAAUUAACAGUAGCUGCAGAUCGGGAAUUAUUAAAACAAGGUAAACGACUUAUUAUACGUUUGCAACAGGUAGAGAAUGUGGAAUCAUCCCUUCAAGUCGCUACUCAAGUAGGAGAUAUUAUGACAUUAUUUCAUGCUAUUCAUCAAGCAAAUGAUAUUCUUUUACAACUUGAAAUUGCUGGAGAUUUAAAAAUGAAUAAGGAGGUUGUCUCUCGUUGCAGUGCUAUUCUUAACGAGUUAAAAGAAACAAAAGUUACUUCCCCAAGUGAUUAUAUUGUAAAACAUGUAGACACUAAUACAAUUCAUGUGGUACAUGUACCAUCACAGAUAUGGACUACACAAACAACCGCUAUCUACCAAUCUGCAUGUAAGUCUUUUAGCUCACAUGUUUUACAAGAACGUGUACGUCUUGAACUUGAACGUGUCCUAAGUCUUGAUGAUCAAGCGCUACUUAACCGUACUUGCAGUAGUGCUGCUGAUGAUACCAGUAAUUCAUCUUCAAAUAAUCAUGCUCGGCAAUUUGCACGAACACUCAGUCAAUUUCCUUCUUUUGGUGCAACACGAGUGCAAGAACUUCGUACAACACUGGAUCGUGCAAAAGAAGUUGGUCUUAAAGGAAAAGUAGUUCAAGAUGGAGAAGCAUGUCUGCGUUCUGUAGAAGCACUAAAGCUAAAGGUUCACUUUGAGGCACAAUUACGUAUAUUGCGUGUACCUGAACCGGAGAAUAUUACCUUUGAACAAAUUUAUGAAAAAGUACACGCAUUCUGUAUGCAACAGGCCGCAGUGUUACCUCGUCCGGUUGGGCAACGAUUACGUAUUCGUUACCGAGAUCAUGAUGGUGACUCUAUCUCUCUUAUUACGCAAGAUGAUUGGAAUGCUUUUCUCGUGGAAGAAGUCCCUGGAGGUUUAAGUGGUGCCAAACUUGAGCUCUUUUGUGACUUCCCACCUGUACCACAUGCAUCUUUAUUAGACACUCCACCACACUCCACAACUAGUGCUUCUGCUAAAACAAUGUCGGCAACAAGAGGAAGAGGAGGAAUGGAACAUGAGGAGGAAACUAGUGCUAGUGCUAGUGCGGUGGCUACCGGCGUUGCUACUACACGACCCAAAGUUGUUGUCUCCACCACUCGAGUUGCGGGGACUCGUAGUGGUGUAAUACUUCACUCAUCCUUAUUAGAUCCAUUGCGAAGGAAUGUUGGAACUGCAGGAACUACAGGGAAUCCAAUGAAACUAACCCGCUCUCAGAGUGCUGGUUUUGCUCUACGUCAGGCGGGUCUUUUACCAAGACAUGUAACCCCUAAGCGAACAGCAUAUGAUGAUUCAUGUGUAAAGAAGUUGGAACCUCAUUUACUCGCAGAAGGUAUACCAACUGUACGUCCAAAGGUAGCGACAACUUUGGCAGUGCCAUCUGUAGUGCGUGCCAGUCAAAAAACAGCAGAUAAGUCUCUUCGUACCACUACACCAGGACGGAAUGCACGGCUGCGUGUGACAUCUGUAAAGUUAGAUUCUCAAACUUCUGCGAAAACGACAAAAUUGGUGCCUUCCUCACAAGAUGAAAAGAAAAGACGUCAAACACCUAAAUUGGUUGACAGUACACAACCUCGUACUCCUAUUGCUAAGAGUUCUACUACUACUAUUACUGCUAAUUCUACUACUAAUUCUACUUUGGUUUCUGCCCCUGUUACUACUACUGCUACUCCUACACCUGUUACUGCUGUUCCUCAUGCAGCUGCACCUGCAUCUUCAAAUCCUACUACUGCUACUGCUACUACUACAGUUAAAGCUUCUACUCAUCAUAAUAAUGGUGGUGUAGCUGAUGUUACUCCAGUUCCCAAUGUGCAAAGUAGUGAUGAGACUCCAGUUGCGGCAACAGCAGCAGCUCCGGUAACAGCUGUUGAAUUGGAAAAGACGAGAACUUGGAAAGAGGAUGGAGACGUCAAUUUUGACUUGCAAACUGUUGUAUCGAUAUCAUCAGUUGUUUCACGACCAGUAACAGUACCCAAAAAUAAUAGUAGUAGUAGUAGUAGUAGUAAUAUCAAGAACAAUGUGAAUAACAAUAUUAAUAUUAAUAAUAAUAGUAGCAGUAGCAACAAAACCACAAUAUCUACAAUUGCCCCGAAAAAAAUUGAGACCCCAGCAAAGAUAAAUGUUCCAAAACGAUCGAAUAAUGCAUUCACUGUAACACCUUGUGGAAAAAGCACUGGGACUGGUGGUGUAAAGGCAACACCGAUAGAAAAAACUACUGAUAAUAAUUUGUCAGAGGUAAAAGGUGGUGCUACUGUGGUUGAGGCUAAACGUGAGUGGAGUGCAGAUAUGUUUAUGCUAAGUGAUAUAUGUACGGUGGUGAGUGAGCAGACGACCCCGCCAACAUCAGUUAAAAAUAGAGGAACAAAGAAAAAACAGACGACUCCCACUCCAGGAGAUGGGGGUUCUCCUUCAAGAGUAUCAGGAACUAUCACCACACCCUCUACACCAUCCUCAACUAACAAUUCUACUUCAAAAAAGAAGAUGGAGGUAUUACAGCAAUUACGUCAACUCCGUGAAGAAAAUCAAAAGGCACUUAAAGCUGCCAUUCAACAAAGACGAACUGGUAAGUAG